ACUGAUAAACCUACAUUGUUUGAUGAGCUGGUUCAUUUUAUCAAAGUUAGAAUUCCGCCGCUCUAUGUACCUUGGUUGCAACCCAGUAAGGAUGUAAGUGAACAAUCUGAAGAGGCUUUCCAUGAAGUUGAUUCUGAGGAUGAAAAUUUGCCUGGUAUUGAGAAAAUGCAUGAAAAACCAAGAAAAAAAGGUAGAAAAUUAACAAAGAUUGCAGAAGAACUGAAUACACAACCUUCAGUGAUAAGAAAUGUUGCGGUUGACACAGAAAGACUCGCAAAGAACUCAGCGAUUGCAUUAGAGUACACAGAAAACCCAAAAGUGAAUACUCCAGUAGGAUUAGAAAACACAGGACAACCAGGAAAAGAACAGCUACCUGACGAGGAACUA